CCCAGAGGACCCCUGAAAAUGUAAGUGGGAGCCAGGAUAAAAACCCUUCAUCCAUCACAUUUCAUAGCAAAAAAAAAAAAAAAAUCCCAGUAAAUGGAUUCUUCAUUGUUUUUAUCAUAUAAUAUUAAGGAAUUUUUAUUUCAUAUGUUUAUUUCAGUUAUUAGCUAUUAUUUUCUCUAGGAACUCAGCCCAACAGAGCAGCAGUGACACGUCUUGUUACCUGGCGGCAUCUGUGUUGGGCCAGGACAGGCUCUUCCUUCCACAGCCCCCCUUCCCCAUCUCCAAGGUGCCAUCUUUCUGCUGACAUCACAAUGCACCUCUCCGGCUGCCAUUGACAUCACAAGGCACCCACCCAUCACUGGGAGACCCCAUGGUGACAACCGGGGGUUGCCUGUAGCCUCGAGCAGGGUCGGGGGUUGUUCUGGUGGGUGUGGAGGCUUUUAUGGGAGGGCCCUCAAGGACAGGCCGGGCCUGAUUGGAGAGAAAUUUGGGGAGCAAGAUGGAGGGGUGCUACACCAUUCGCAUCAGCAAGAAGCAGAGUUGCUUGUUCCCCACACUCCUGCAGCUCUCCAUCAAAGAGGUGGUGGCCAUCUGGGAUUUUGUGUCUGCCUACAUCCUAGGACAGAUGAAGCUGGAGAAGGGUGUUCUUGUCCCAGGUCUUGGGACCUUUGCUGUGGUUCAUGAGCAAAUACAUGGCAAAGAAGAGCUGUAUGAGGUUCGAAGACCUGUGUUCCAGCUGGACAUGGACAUGUCCUGUCUACAGGAGCUGCUUUUUCCAACAGUGAUGAUACCUGGUGACAUCGAGAUCAUGCCACUGGAUUACUGGUGGCUGUCCCAGACCAAUUCCCUUCCACCCGACGUGGUGAGGGGCUGUGUGGAAGAGACCAUUCUUUUGUACUCCUUCCAGCUGAGGGACAGGCAGCGCCCUGCCUUCGCCUUUGAGAAUAUUGGUAUCCUGUCCUGCCAGGACAAUGUCCUGUGCAUGCAGUUCCACUGCAGCUGCAUUGCAGGACUGGAGAGUCAGGACACCUGGGUGGCUCUGCUGCUCACGCAGAGGCUGAAUGUGCUGGGUUCUGGUGUCAAUAAUGGAGUGGCCACUGUUCAGGGAGUGCAGGCCCACAUGUUCCCCAGGUUUCAGCUCGCUGUCUCUGAGGAUUUUUCCACUCAACCUACAAAGGCUGCAGAGAAACAGUUGGUCAAAACAGGAGAAAAAGAACAUCCUGGAAACUUUUCCCUCCCUAUACUGCCAUACCAGAGGCCGGGCAUGAGGCAGCAAGAGCCAGGGCCAAAGCCACCUGCCAGCUCUCUGAGGAUGAGGGAGGUAGGUGGGAAGGAGUUAGCUCCUUCAGCCAGACCUGACAUCACACUCCUGGCUUCUGAGGACUGCCAGAGAGCACUGCAGGGGGUCUGGCAGCUGUCUGCAGAAUGGGAACAUGGGAAUUCACACUGGAGAGAACAGAAGGUGGAAUGGGCAGCAUGGGAAGCCUGGGCUGCUGGGGAGGACCAGCAGAUGCCGCAGGUAUUCGGCAUUCGAGGUGCUUGGGCACCCCACCGUCCAUCCCAGCUCCCAAGAAAGGGGGUCACUGGGAGGUGGGGGAGGGCUGGAACCCCCCUCCCCACAGAGAAAAUGUCAGAGAGAUUCCAGCCUGGGACCAGACACCUUUCCCCACGAGCCAUCCAGGUGCUCUGUGGGCUGGAGCCACAUCAGACACGGAGGAACAUCUUCAUGUUCUUGGCUGAGAACAACCGGCGACGGCAGGAGCAGCAGAGGCAGUUCUGCAGCUCCAAGUGCUGGUCCAGCAUGUAAGGGGUCAAGGCUGAAGCUGUGGCUGCAGCAGUGGCUGCCGAGGAUGCAGCUGGGAGGCUGCUCACCUGUGGAUACAAAAUAAAUAAAUACCUCUGUUCCCACCUGGACUGAGUGGUCUAGGCCUGGUGAUGAAGCUGUCUGACAACUGGGCCUGUGCUGGGACCAUGGGGGCUGGGAUGGGGAGAGGGGCCUUGUAGGGGGCAUGGGCUCUUCAGAAAGGUGAGGAGGUGGGUUUGCCUCUCGUCUCCUGCUCAGGGUGGGACCUGGCAGCAGGUAGACCAAGCUGGGUGCAGUGUUUGCCAGGUUACCUGCUCUUCAGGAGGAACAGAUAUACAAGCCCUGGUCUUCAUGGGGGACCCCAAGGGUCCACUCCACCUGAUCUCCCUGAUAGUAGGUACCUCUUGCUCACACCAUGUUUCUCCAACUAUCUGGCCUGCAAGGGGCUCCAGUUUCUGAGCAUGAGUCCACAGACACUUUGUCCUAGCAGGCCCAAGAAGCUGCUGGCCAGCUGACAAACUCUGACCAAGUCCC